UAUAAAGGUACAAACAACACAUUUUUGUUUCAACAAUUAGGAACCCAGGGGGACUACACAUGCCCAGACAUAGCAUGAGCCUUACUGCACCUGACCACCUGACCACCUCAUGUAUUUAGGACAGAUUAUCGGGAAUGCAAAGCUUGUACCCCAUGCAGCCCUCUUCUUGUCAAAACAAAACACUUCAACACAGCACUACCGCAUAUAUUCUGAACAUCCUGUGAGUAUCUGGCUUCCUGUAUAAGUGAGUGUGAGUCUUGGCUCCGCCCAUCUUCCCUGUGAGUGGUUCAAAAGCCCCGAGUACCGAGAGGCAGACGGAGCACAGGUGAAGCAGAGACACAGAAACAUGCUGCUACUCUGGACUGUGAUGCUGUCAGCCAGGGCCGGGGCCCAGAGCGGGGAGCCAGACUCAAGCAUGGUGCCCACAGUGUACUGCUGGUCCCACAUCAGUCUGUUUGAAGGGAGUAAUAUAACCUGUCAGCUCGUCCCCAGCGGCUUAAAUUUGGAUGAUGAGGAUGAGGAUGACGAGAUUGAGAAUAUAACUGCUUGUUGUUGUAAGUUGGACACCGUAAAAAAGUGUGUGGGAGAAUUUGGAGAGACUGUGAGCUCCAAAGACCUGAAUCCUAUUUCCCCCAUCACUCUGACAGCUCAGUCGAAACAAGGCCACCGCAUUAAAACAGAACUUGACCUCAGAAAAAUAAUCAAACCAAAAAGUCCACAGGUGUAUAACCUGACCCUGAACCAGGACCAAGUUCUUUUUUAUGUCCAAAUCCCAUAUCAGCGUGACUACCUGACAGUGGAGAACCAGCGCUUUCAGAUUCAGCUCUGGAGUGAAAAGACCAACCUGACUAAGAACAUGUCAUCGGCCACAAUGAGUAUCGGCUUGAACCACCUGACCAGUGGCACUCUGUAUCAUGCAAAAGUGCGGGCUGUACCAUGGGUUUACUUUGAGGGCACAUGGAGCGACUGGAGCCAAGCCGUCACCUUCACAACACCCAAAUCAGGUGAUACUUCAGAAAAACCUUAUGUCCAUAUGUGGAGCAUUAUUCCUGCUUUUAUAGUGGUAGUGAGUGGAGUGUUCAUGUGGAAAAAUAAAAUACUGACUUACAUGUGGCCAAGCAUACCACAUCCAAAAACAACUUUUGUGCAAAUAUCUACAUAUUUGCCAAAUAAUGGCCUUUUACUGAAUUACAACCCCGAGGAGUUCAGUUCCCUAAAAGUCCACUCCAGCAUGAUCCCGCCAACUGAACCGUCCUGCCAAGUGACAGAGCCUAUGCUACCUGCUGCUGGGACAGAGGGGAGCCCGUCCUGUCCCACCCCGAGCACAGACGCGUCCCUGAGCAGCAGCAGUGUCCAGACAGAGGAGCUGGAGCUGCUGAGCCAGAGCAGCUCAGAGGGAGAGCCUGACGUCCCAACAGAGGGUCUGCCCGUUCAGAACACAGUCCAACAUGUAGAGGCACCGGAGACUCCCCCAAUGCAGCACAAUAACAUACAACAUGAAAGGGACGAUUCCUAUGUCACCAUGUCCAGUUUCUACCAGAUUAAAACAGCUGAGACAGAUAACAAGACAGUCGGCAUAAACCGGAGUGCAACUUGAUCUCACACACGCACACACACACUCACACCCACUCACACACACACAAGUCACACAGCAGUCAUAUCUUGGGGGAACUUUAAAAUAAAUUUGCAUCACAACAGAAAUCUUUACUUUUUUUUUUUACAGACCAAUGGUCUGGUAAACAUCUAUGAUUUUUAUGUACAGUACAACACACACUCAGGUUUUUUCAUUGACUGAGGAAGCAAUCAAUGGAAACCUAAUUUUUUCUCCAAUCAUACUGAGCUGCUCCAUAUCUGAACUUCUGUUGAGUACUUCCAUUUGUUUUGUAAAAAAAACUGUUUAUCUGUUCUUGAUCUGACACCACAUCACUGUCUGUGGCUGAAGAAAGGAAGGUAAUGCUUCACCAAGCUGCUUUAACUCACACAACCACCACCUCAGAACUACUAAUAAUGAAAAAUAUGCAAUAUACUUUGUAGCACAUGCUUUAUUUACUUAUAAGUAUUUAUAUGUAAGAUGUUUUGUUGUCAUUGUACACAGUGAUGGCAAGGGUUUUAUAAUGAUGAUUUAAAAACAAUAUUGUAAGAACUUUAAAAUAAAGUACACUGAAAAUGU